AUGAGCUACUACUGUCUCGGCUCCCAGAAUCUCUGGCGAGACCACAAAUUCAAAUGGACACGGUUUAUUGGACUCGAGAUUUGGCAUACCUCCUCCUCCUCCUCUGGACAUCAAAAGAUUGAGGAGCAAGUCCUCCAAGAGGACAACCUCGAGGCCUGGCUCAAUCGACCUCCUAACAAACAGGACUACGAUGGCAAUCAAUGGACACGUCUAUACCAGAUGGUCAUCGCAAGCGACGAUGGCAAAAAAACCGCCCGCUCUUCGCCUGGGACAUGUCUUUCGGCAUUACUUAGCCACUCCCAGCUUCAGUUUGCAUUCGACUACGCGAUGAGCUAUCCAGCCGGGGUAAGCGCAUUACCUUGUCAAGCGGCUGGUGGCGACGAGAUUCAUACCUACACUUUGGCUAACCAUCCAAAACUUGCGUUGUUGUGGAAGCAUGUUAUACCAAGAGCACUCGAGUGCGACGACACUACCUUCCAGGAUGAGGAGGCAGCGUUAACUAAGCUAGGAUUGACUAAACCUAGUGGCCAUACUUUUGGAAUCAUAUUUGUUGAUUCCAAGGAGUAUGAAAACCUAUCCAAGCUCAUCCACCGCCAAUGGUCUACCAACCUCGUAUCACAUCCCAUGUUCUUAGCUCUCAUCUCCAGUUUGCAUCUUAAUUUCCGCAUCGACAGCAUACAUCAGCGCAUCAAGACAGAGAUCAGACGUGUUGAAGCACGAACAGGCCAUCACUGUUUCAACAGUCUCCAGCAGUUCCCAGCCCCCGGUGACCUACGGGAGCUGUUGGCAACCAUGAGCGGGUUUGCGACCAAGCUGGCGGGCACAACCCGCAAGAUGGAGUUUCUCCAUGAAAUUUAUCGAUUCAUUCAUACUCAGACUGACAUAAACUACGACGGUCACAAACCAGACUCGAUAGAGGGAGAAGAAUGUAAGCAUUGCAUGGACAUGGGUCAUCAGGUCAGGCUGAUGCAGCAUCGACUUGCUAUGCAGCAUCUUGAAAACGAUUUCAUUCUAGCUCGGGUUGAGGUACAAAUGAAUGCUAUGUUCCAUCUCACCGCGCAGCAGGACAGCGUAAAUGGGAUCCAGAUUGCAAAUGCGACGCAAGCCACCGCAGUUGUUUCCCUUCAAGAAUCAUCAUUCAUGAAAAUCCUCACCCUCAUGGCUAUAACAUUCUUACCCGGGAACUUUGUAGCUGCUCUCUUCUCGACCUCUCUCUUCGGCCCGGAGACUGCUGCCAACAUGAUAACGAUUGCUAAUAAACCGCUGUUUGCGUUGUACUGGAUCAUUACUAUCCCACUUACACUCUUCAUCUACAUCGUCGUCAUUGUAUGUGUGUUCGUGCAGAAUAGGAAUACACAGAAGAAAAUUCGCCAUGCACAGGACCAAUUGGCCAAUGGAUCACAAGAGCGAAAAACUUCUUAG